AAACUCGAACAUGAGCCUGAUUUCUCAUUAUCUUUCUCUCUUUGAUAUAUAGGUCACAGAUACGAAUGGAGCUUGUGAACAGUGGUCCUCCUCCUAAUGUAAUUCAUAAUGCUACAAUGGAGGGGUGUUUGAAGGUUGCAAAGAAUGAAGAUGUGGUUGUUCGUCCCAUUGCAAACUUCCAUCCAUCACUAUGGGGAGACUAUUUCAUCACAAAUGCCACAUUAUCAUCUACACAUCAGGAGGAACAGAUGAAACGAAGAGUGCAAGUAGUCGUUAAGGAUGUAAAGAUUUUGCUAAAGGAUGCAAAUGGUUCAAUGAGAGAGGAGAUGCAACUCAUUGAUGCACUCCAACGCCUUGGUGUGGCUUAUCACUUUGAACAAGAGAUUAAUGAAGCGUUAUGCUUCAUUAAUACUACUAGUUCUUCUGGUCACCAUUCUUAUAGUGACAAUGAUCUUCAUUUUGUUGCUCUUCGGUUUAGAUUACUAAGACAACAUCACUAUUAUGUACCACCAGAUGUCUUUAACCAGUUUAUGGAUGACAAAGGAAAGUUCAGAGAAGAAAUGAGUAAUGAUUUGAAUGGUUUGUUAAGCUUGUAUGAAGCAGCUUACCUUGGAAUCCCUGGAGAGGAUUUGUUGGAUGAAGCCAUCGAUUUCACAAGAAGCCAUUUGCAGUCUCUUGUGAAGCAUAUAGGACCAUGCUUAGCACGAAAAGUAAAGCAUGCAUUGGAGACACCUUUGAGAAGAAGAAUAAGCAGAUUGAAUGCCAGAUUAUGCAUAUCCAUUUAUGAAGAAGACACUGAAGCAAAGAACGAGGUUGUGCUUGAGCUUGCAAAGCUUGAUUUUCACAUAUUGCAAUUGCUCCAUAGGGAGGAGGUAAAAAAGAUCAGCAUGUGGUGGAAAGAUGUAGGUGUGCCAACAAAGCUUACGUUUGCUAGAGACAGGAUAGUAGAACUCUACUUCUGGAUGCUAGGCGCAUAUUUUGAGCCCCAGUAUUCAAGGGCCAGGAUGAUGUUGGUAAAGGCGAUAUUUAUGCUUUCCCUUAUGGAUGAUGUUUAUGAUUCCUACGGUACAUUGGCUGAGCUGCAACAUUUUACUGGUGCAAUUCAAAGGUGGGACUUAAAGGCUGCUGAUGAGAUGGAAGAAUGUCUACGAGUUGCUUUCCUUGCCAUAUAUCAGACAAUGGGAGAACUUGAAGCUGAAGUACUCAAGGAUGGCAAGCUUUACCGCAUUGAUUACCUCAGAAGAGAAUUUGAAAAGUCGGCUAUUGCAUACCUAGAAGAAGCCAAAUGGAGAGAUGAAUGUUAUGUACCAUCAUUAGCUGAACAUCUGGAGCUGUCAAUCAAGACCGCUGUUUUAAAUGUUGUUACCUGUGCCUCAUUCAUUGGUAUGGGAGAAAUAGCAGGGAAGCACCCAUUUGACUGGCUCGCAAGUUUUCCUCAAAUUAUCAAAGAUGCAAGCAAGAUGGGUAGGAUUAUGGAUGAUAUUGGGAGUUUUGAGAUUGAUGCAAAGAUGGGGAGAAAACAUGUUGUUUCGACAAUCCAUUGUUGCAUGAAUGAGUUUGGAGACUCACUAGAAGAGGCAAAAGCAAGAUUAUUGCAUCUGGCGGAGGAUGCAUGGAAGGGCAUCAAUAAAGAGUGUUUACAUCUAACUAUACCACCUGCUCUACUUGCCAGAGUAGUUAAUAUUGCUUGUAUGAUGGAAGCCAUCUAUUAUGGAAAUAUAGAUGGAUAUACGGAGGCAAGUGUUUUGAAAAAUUCCAUCUCAUUAUUAUUGGUUCAACCAAUUUAAUGUUGAAGUUGGAAUGUGGACCCUAGCUUUUUUGUCUCCAUUCGUUUGUAAGCCACUUUUCAAGCCGGAUUCCUGGCCUUCUUUGCAUGCAAAAGUUUGUACUAAGCCUUGUUUAUGUAGCAUUAGGGCAAUGUUGUGAGACUUUUACAUUAUAAUUUUAUAUUGUGUUUUGGGAGUAAA